AUGAGCGUAGUUGGAUUUGAUCUUGGGAAUGAGAGUUGUGUUGUGGCAGUUGCCAGACAAAGGGGAAUUGAUGUUGUUCUUAAUGAUGAGUCAAAACAUGAGACUCCUGCUCUUGUGUGUUUUGGUGAUAAACAGCGUUUUCUUGGAACAGCUGGUGCUGCAACCAGUAUGAUGAACCCAAAAAACACCAUUUCCCAAAUUAAGCGGUUAAUAGGGUGUCCUUUUUCUGAUCCUGAAUUGCAACAAGAUCUCAAGGCUUUGCCUUUUUCAGUUACUGAGGGACCCGAUGGUUUCCCAUUGAUCAAUGCAAGGUAUCUUGGGGAAACAAAGUCAUUCACCCCAACACAAGUUAUGGGAAUGGUUUUCUCAAACAUGAAGACAAUAGCUGAAAAGAAUUUGAAUGCAGCAGUUGUGGAUUGCUGUAUUUGGGUACCUAUCUACUUCACUGAUCUUCAAAGAAGAGCUAUAAUGGAUGCAGCUACUAUUGCCGGUUUGCAUCCUCUAUGGUUGAUGCAUGAGACAAUAGCCACUGCUUUAGCUUAUGGAAUAUACAAAACUGACUUACCUGAAAAUGAGCAGCUCAAUGUAGCCUUCAUUGACAUUGGACAUGCUAGCAUGCAGGUAUGCAGUGAAGCUCAAUGCCCUUUAGUUCAAUACAUUACACGAGAGCUUUUAACAUGCUUAAUAAUGGAACAUGUAAUGAGAUUCGCAAGCCCCAAGUAUGCACCUGUUCGUAGCGAUUCGGUUGUUGGUGAGCUGAAGUUGUCAGAGCCAACUGAUGUAAUUCUCCUAGAGAUUACAAGAAUUGAGAUGCUUGCGGUUACUGGUACAUUUGUUCAGAAGAGAACAAAUCCUUUAAGCCAUUACAAUCAUAAUGUUCUUGCCCAUAUAAGCUGUGAUUUGAUAACAUUGGUUUCUUGGAUUUUUUUUUCAGGAAUUCCUAAAAUAGAGAAGCUAGAAAUUGAAGAGAAAGCUUUCCAUACAAACUUAUAUGCAGUUCGUUGUAAUUAUAGUGGAGGAAAAGAGGGUGAAAUAGAAAGGAUCAUCAAACAUAUGAUCAACCUAUUUGGGCUAGUAUUAUCUGUGGCUCCUUCUCCUGCUCCUGUAGUCUUUGGUAAUGGAACCGUGGACGUCGUGGUGGUGGUGGAUAUCGUGGUGGUGCCCCAGUCAACCAAAUCCAAACCUUAA